AUAGAAUCCGCCGUUCCCUGGGUUUCAUUGUUCUGGGUCCCCCGGACCCGUUCACCUUAUAUAUGGUAUUUGGUAAGCACAAAAGAAAGCACAAGCAAAAACUUGCCCUUUAUUCAGUUUCAGAUGGCAAGCAAGAAGAGAGUUCAUGUCUGCAAUGGUGAAGAUGAGGAGCAAGAAGAUGAGAAGAUGGAGCAGUUCUUUGCCCUAAUAAGGAAUUUCCGUGAAGCUGUUAAUAGGAGAAAAAAUGAGCUAAGACAAAGGGAUGAAAAGAUAAGGAGGGUCGAUGGUAAGCAAACAAGUUGGGUUCCAACUUUUGAAUGGGCAGAUUUUGCCGACGAGAUUGAGUUUCGGAGGCCAUCUACAAUUAACAAUAAAGAAGAAAAAGGAAAACAUGAAGAAGAGGAAGAAGGAUUAGAUCUUAGGCUUACCCUUUAGUUACUACCAUCGAUUUAUCUCUAUGAAUGUUAAUAUAUAAUUACUACUUAAAAGAAAAUUUCUUACUUUUUUUUUUUGUAUUUUAAUUGAUUGUCUGUUAUUUUGUCUGUUGAUGCUUUGACAAAGGAAAGGUUUUGGUUUUGCA